AUGGCCGGCGAAACCGGGCCUCUUCAUAUAUCCCGCGCACUUGCAAUGGUGAUUGCCAGUUUGCUCACCCUGGCUUGUUGGAACGUCCUUGAGAUCUCCUUAUCGAUCUUGUCUACCUUCAGGCGCUAUAACGGCCUCUAUUUCUGGAGCAUGGUGAUCGCGACGGCCGGAAUCCUCUUACACGCCAUUACGUCCUUCCUUCGCUACUUUUCCCUCGCUCCGAAUUUUCCUAUGUGCAUCCUGGUCUGCAUCGGGUGGUACGCUAUGGUGACCGGCCAGUCGGUGGUGCUGUAUUCCCGACUUCAUCUGGUGACCACCCACGAUCGCUACCCUCGCUGGAUCCUCUACAUGAUCGUCUUCAACUUUUGCGUCUUACAUAUUCCCACCACUGUCCUCUUUCUUGGAAGCAACAACGGAGUUGACCGGUUCGUCGCGCCCUUCAAUAUCUACGAGCGUAUCCAAUUGGCAGGCUUCGCCAUUCAAGAGACGAUUAUCAGCGCGCUCUAUGUCUGGGAAACUUCAACGUCCUUGAGACCUGUUCUGGCUCUGAAAGGUCCUCGAGGCAAGCGAGUCAUCAUGAAUGUCAUCGUUGUUAACAUUAUCGCUAUACUGCUGGAUGCAUCUCUUCUGACGACCGAGUACACCAACCACUUCGACGUCCAGACCACAUACAAACCGGUGGUCUACAGCAUCAAACUGUUAUUGGAGUUCACAGUACUCAACAGUCUGCUCGCCGUGAUCCGCACACCCCCAUCUACUGUUGAAGACGUUUCGCGAUCGCGCUCAGAGGAUUUCCACAUACGGCCGCUCCCGAGUAGGGAUAACGCAGACAAGAUCGCCGACCCAGAAAGGGUGGCCCAAAGUGAUCGACGAGGUUCAUCGAGAGAGUCAUUCCUAAGACCACAUGAUUUCUGCUUAGCAUGCAACCAUCACGUGGGUCCCGCUUGA